AUGUCCAAAGUCAACGAAAUCAACGUUAAAAUCAAGGAUAACAAGGUAGUAGUCUACUCUAAAACCUACUGUCCCUUUUGCACGAUGGCCAAGGGUGCUCUGGAUGAUGCAGGAUUGAAAAAUUAUCUUGUAAUAGAGUUGGAUGAGAUCGAAAACGGAGAUGCAUAUCAGGACGCCCUCAAAGAAAUUACUGGGGGUAGAACGGUAGGCUGAAGUUUUUUUAACAGCUAGAGAUAAUGCGGUUCGCUUUUCCGUAUUUAUGUAUUAACACUGUUUCUUGUACUCAAAUAAGUAACCUUGCUCAAUUUCGGUUUAUUUUAACUGGUGCCUCUAAGCAUUUUGGUGAAGUUAUUCAUAUUAAUCUCUGUAAUUAAUAGACGUGUUCCACGUGCAUACUAAAAAUGUGUCUAGGGCUUUUUAUUAUUUUCGAGCUAUUGUUUUCGAAGUAUUUCCUGAAGCAAAUGAAGCUUUUUUUAUAUAAAUUACAAGUUCUAUCACAAUAAUCACGCAUAUUUCUUUGGAUAUCGAAAAUUAACUUUUUUGUGAAAGUGCCAGUGCAACCACGUGAUAAGGAGGCUUGCGCAGUAAGGUAAAACUUCCAGCUAUAUAGUAAGGAAGAUAUUUACUCAAUCUUCGCCGCUGGGGACGUUUCGCGCGUAGGAACGUCUGUGACUCAGCGGCAUAAAUUCCAUACUGAUGACGUAAAAUCUGUCCGGAAUCUGCUCAGGAGUGCUGAUUGGUCGACGGAGUAGUUACAUUGUUUUAACUAUAGUUUAUGAAUGACAGACAAAAGACAAAAGGCCUCGAAGGUCACGCGAAGAAUCUCUAACAAAACAGUCAAUAUUCUUGGAAUAUAGUAUUCUCUAUAAGAAGCAUUUGAGUUUUGCUGGAGCUCGUUGUCAGAUGAACACAACACUUUACCAAAAUAGACCAGGAGAAACGUAAAAUUGAACAAAUUCACAUUUGGAAACCCAUGACUACCGGAUUUAUUAUGUAAACAUUGAUUUACGUCAUCAGUAUGGAAUUUCUGCUGCUGAGAUGCAGAUGUUCCUCCGUGCGAAACGUCCCCAGCGGCGAAGAGCGAGGAGAAACAGAUGUUUUCGCAUGCUAGGAAACCCAGACGUUAUAUUAGUUUAACCUAUGAAAUCCCUGAUUUAGUUCAUAGUAAGUUUUGAUGAAUAAUAAAAAAGGAAAAUAAAAUAUAAAUUGUAAUAAAGGUAAUAGGGCAAGGGUGGCGCAGUGGUGAGAGCAUUCGCCUCCCACCUAUAUGGCCGGCUUCAAAUCCUGGUGUUGAUGCCACAUGUGGGUUGAGUGUGUUGCUGGUUCUCUUCUUUGCGCUGAGAGUUUUUUCCCUGGGUACUCCGGUUUUCUCCUCUCCUCAAAUAAAAACCAAACUUUCUCAAAUUCCAAUUUGACCAUCAUUCAGGUAAACAAAGAACCACUAUGUGGAUAUGCUACCUUUAAAUCAUCAUUUAUUAUUUAUUUUAUUUUUAUGAACCAUUUGUUGUAAGAAGUAUCAUGCCAAAGGCGAAGGUAGCCUGCGAGUAAGCUCUCCAUUUGGGGAUAUCGUAAAAAGUAGACGCGCAAGGGGCUCCUCUCGCUCGUGCAUUCUCGCGCAGCUUGCUUCGCUUGCCCAAAUAGGAGAGCUUGCUUGCAAGCUAACAUGAAUGAUGACACUACUUUUCUCAGGUUCCAAGGGUGUUCAUCGGUGGCAAGUUUGUUGGAGGGGGAGAUGCUGUCAAAGGUCUGCAAGACAGUGGAAAGCUUAAGCCAAUGUUACAGGAGGCAGGAGCCUUGUAA